AAGUGACAAAAAAAAGAAAGUGAUCAAGUCAAAAAGAAAGAAAACAAUUCAGCGAAGAUAAAAACAUAAAUCUAACCUCGAAAAUUAAUAAAACUUGAUCAUUUUUUGUCACUUGAAAAAAAUAGUUGUCAGAAGAAAAAACUUUAUUAAUAAUAUUUUUCAUUGAAAAAUUCAAGUGUUAAAAAGACUGACCCUUUUUUUAUAAUUUGGUAUUUUUUAAGUAUAAAAGACUGAUUUAAAAAAAAAAAUGUCUGUAAUUCAUAAAGGAAAUAUUACGAGAGUAUUUUUAAGAAAUUUGAUAAAGAAUAAUAGAUUUAUUUCCAAUCAAUAUGUAAAUAAUGUACCAGAGGAGGAAAUUAAAAAAUCAGUUUUUAUUUCACAAUCAACAGAUAUUCAUAGAAAUUUAGCAUUGGAAGAUUGGUUUUAUAAGAAUUUUAAUUUUCAAAAUCAUCAUCUUUUAUUAUUGUGGAAAAGUGAUCCUUGUGUUGUUAUUGGAAGACAUCAAAAUCCAUGGAUUGAAGCAAAUAUUAAUGCUAUUGAAAAUAAUGACAUUAAAUUAGCAAGAAGAAAUAGUGGUGGCGGUACUGUUUAUCAUGAUUUUGGCAAUCUUAAUUUAUCAUUUUUCACACCAAAGGAGCGUUACAAUAGAAAAUAUAAUUUGGAUAUUAUUACCAGAGCAAUUUUCCGUGAAUGGGGAUUAAAGACAACUGUCAAUAAAAAAGAUGAUAUUGUCGUUCAAAAUGAAUUCAAAAUUUCUGGAACAGCGGCUAAAUUAGGACGACCGAAUGCUUAUCAUCAUUGUACUUUACUUGUGAAUUCGAAUAAAAGAGCUUUGAGUUUGGCUCUGGAGAGGAAGGAGACUGGAAUUACGACAAAUGCAACGCAAUCGAUACGUUCACCAGUGAAAAAUUUAACAGAAAUUAAUCAUCACGUUAGAAUUGACAAAUUAUUAAAUGCCAUUGGUUGGGAAUUUUUGCGAACAAAAUCACUUGUUGUCGAAGACGGUGGCUAUAAUUUAAUUCAAAAACAAAAAGGAUUUCAAAUGAUAAAUCCCAGCGAGGGCUGGUUUCCAGGCAUCGAUCAAUUAACGGAGGAAUUUCGUUCAUGGCAAUGGAUUUAUGGAAAAACACCAAAAUUCACAGUGACACGUUACAUUGAAAUGGCAACGGGAAAUAAUUCUUCUAAUCGUUUAAAAUUGAUUCUCGAUAUUCAUGAUGGAAUUGUUAAUGAUAUUCAAUUGAUAUUGCCAACAAAUUUAGUUCCAUCUGGUUGUAAUGAAAAUGCAAGUGUGAUAACAAAUCUUCGUGGUUCAAGGUACAGUCCAGACAUUAUUGAUAAUAUAAUUAACGCAAUUGGGGGCAAAAUAGUAAAUAUUGAAAAUACUUCCCAAAACACUGACGAGGAAGACGCCGUUGCCACUUAGAUUAUUAUUACUGCCAAUUGAGGAUAACGAUAUGGUAACUAAUUAAAAAGAAUUCAUAUACGAUUUAUCUAAAACGUAUAAUGAGGGCUAUUUACCAAGAAAGAGCCAUUAAUAUAUUUUUAAUAAACAUUGUUUUAGAAAUAUACUUUUAGAAGUAUAUUUUUAGUCAAAUAUUAAAAAAAAAUUGUAUUUUCUCUAACAAUUUAUUAACACACACAGUGUAGAGUAAAUAUUUUUCAUAAAAUGUUAAUAAAAUUACAGAAUUAACAAGAUAGGGAAAAAAGAAAUGAAUAUAUAAUGUAGUUUCUUUUUUUUUUUUAUUCAAAUUGAAUAAGUUUGCGCACUUUCAAUAUUUACAAUAAAAAGGACUAGAAACUUAUCUCUUAAAAAAAAAAAAAUACUAUCCGUAUGAAGUAAAUCACAAUAAUUCAUCAAAAAAAAACACUGGUAAAUUUUUUGCAAGAAAAUCAGUUCCUUUGGCUUAAGAUUAAUAUCGGCUGUGAUUAGAAUUUAAAAACGAAAAAAUAAAUUUUCUUACAAUUAGAAAAAAAUGUACAUUCUUUUUUUAAAAAUAAAAUAAUUUGUUGUCUUUAAAA